CAGACUUACAGUCUUCGUAACAGUAACUUCGGGAGACACUGAUCGUAAGUCGUCAGUCGUGCAACGCUCAUUGCCGUUGGAACGACGUUCGAACACACACACACACAGUUUCUCUGAAAUACCUUUGCGUUGUCGCGAAUUUCUAUAUUUUCGAUUUCCACAAUCUUUCUUCAAGCAACAGACACACUCGCACAUUCAUUUCAGCGCAGAUUAGUCUACGAGACGUUCAAGAGCAAAGACAGUUGCAAGUGCAGGUAACUUCUGCGCGCGAAAUGACGGCGCAGGAAAUUAUUUCCGAAAGUAGAUGCCAGGCAAAUGAUAUUGGAAGGAGGCAAGCGAUUCCUGUUAUUUACACAAGAGGCACUCAUUACGACAUCGGUUUCGAUAUCGGGCGCACAUUUUCCGGAAUAAUUAGAAACUUCGUGGAGAUAUAUCGACCUCUGAAUGAAACGUACUUGCCGCUGUACGAAACCGAAGCCGGGAAGAAGAUUUACGAAGAAACUCUUAGCUGUGUGGAACAGCAGUUUCCGGGUUAUCUCAGGGAAAUCCAAGGAACGGCCGAUGGAGCGAACGUUCCUUUUCACAAGUUAUUUCUAAUGCAUCUGGAUGACAUCGUGCUGAACGCGGCGAAAACGCAAGUCCCGACAAAAGACUUACCUAUCGGAUGUUCCACAGUUUCAUGUAAUCAGCCAGGACAGGAAAUCUUAGGUCACAACGAGGAUGCGUUGAGCGAAACUUUAAAUCAUUGGUACUUGGUUUCUGCGCAUCUGCUCGAACCAGGUUACCAGGAGGAAAAAUUCACAUCUUUGAGUUACGCCGGAUUUUUGCCAGGAUACACGAUGGGUUACAAUCAUCACGGUCUCGUUUAUACCAUCAACACUUUGAGCGCUGCAAACUUAAGGUCUGGUAAAACGCCCAGGUACUUUUUGGCUCGUGCACUUUUGGGUGCGACCGAUUACGAUCAAGUUCAACAGAUACUGAAAAACGAUGGCUUUGGCUCGGCUGAAGGGUUUUCGGUGAACAUGACUUUUUUAACGCAACCAGGGAACCGAAUGUUUUACAAUAUCGAGGUUGCUCCCUGCGACAACGAUGCGAUACAAUCGCAACUAAAUAUCCUGAACGUCAAUCCCGGAGAAAACACUUUCCACUGUAACAAAUAUCUCCGACUAAAAGUACCGGAAGUUGAAGGACUUAUCAUAGAUAGCAGCAUUCACAGAAUGGAAGCGAUUUGCAAGCAUCCUUCCCCGAAAUCUCGUCAAGACGUCAUCGAUAUUCUAAGCGAUCAGACUGGCGAUCAAUACAGGGUUUACCAAGAAAUUAAACAAGAUGACUACGUCAAAACAAUCGCUACUGGUAUUUUCGAUUGUACCGAAAGAACGUGGUCCAUUUAUACGGACAAACCAAAUUCUACGGAGCCAAUUUUGGUAAUAGCUUUGCAGAUAGACGACCGCGGCACAUCGUCGACUUCUUCCAUGUAAAGUCAAUGAAAUUAAUACAUCUCUAUAGAUGCAUUCCUAACUGAUUGCGAGUCUCCAAACUAUUCGAACCGCAACGAAUAAACGAUGAUGCGUACAUUUAAUUGUUCACCAUUAUACGAUUAUGUAUCGAUUAUGCAUGUACAUUGUCUCUUAUUAUAUAGAAAUAUACAAACAUACAAAUAUAUAUAUAUAUAUAUAUA